AUGUGGCCUUCACGCUGCCGGGCCUUGGCGGCGGCCAGCGCGGCCGCCUCGGGGAGCUUGCUGAGCUUUCCCAUGCCGAGCGCACAGGCGCAGGCGCAGGCACACGUGGACCACACCCAGACGAAGGAGGUGGGCUCGACGCAAUGGCUGAAACUGCAAACCAUGACCUAUCGAGACGUACAUGGCAAAGAGCGGACGUGGGAUCUCGUCACCCGCACCACACGUCGACAUUCGAUGGCCACCGCGGGCGUCGAUGCCGUGAUCAUCCUGCCCCUUCUGCGGUCCUCGUCACGGCCUGCUGUGGACACCCUGCUGGUGCAGCAGUUUCGACCUCCAGUGGACGCCUACACGGUCGAGCUGCCCGCUGGCUUGAUCGACAAAGGGGAGACCGCCGAGCAGGCGGCGGUCCGGGAGCUGAAGGAAGAGACAGGCUACACUGGGACAGCGCGCGGAAAGAGCUCCAUUCCCUUGACAAUGUCCCCAGGGCUGAGUGAUGAGACAGUGAAGCUGGUGGUGGUAGACGUUGACAUGGACAAACCAGAAAACCAACAGCCUCAGCAGGAGCUGGACGAGGGGGAGUUCAUCGUGGUGCGGCGGGUGUCCUUGGCCUCGCUGCCCGAGGAGCUGCGGAGCUUGGCGCUGAAAGGGGUGAUGCCUAUCACAGGAGACGUGGGUUCUGCUCGCUUUCGGGUUGAGAUGCAACGGAGUUUGGCCACCCGCGGUGGCCAAGAUGCGCGGAACAGGCAUCCCUGGCCGGAGACCAAGCUCGAGGUGAACGACGAAGACCCCGACCCGACCGUGUCGGCGGCCAAAGCCGCUUCACCUCAACCCCGAAUGCCCGAUCCUUGGUCCUUGGACGCCGCGCGCGUGCCGCCCGCGCCCGCGGCGGCCACGCAUGGCGGCGCACCAGACUGUGCCCUUCACGUGGCGGGAGGGACCACAGAGGUUGAAGCUCAGGUGUUCCAGACUUCUCCGACGUCGCUUGCGUCGCGCGAACUCACCUUGGAAGUGGAUGACUUCCUGCUGCGAGGGGUGAGUCUGAGCACUUGCUUGAGCCAAUGGGGCAAGCACUGGAGCACUCAUGGUGCUGAUGGCGGUCAGUACGAGUCCCAGAAGAGUUCUGACUAUGAGAAGAGCUUCCAAGUGCCAAAGUACGAUCACUUUCUCAGCCAUGACUGGAAAACAUCGCGAGCGGCAAAGGUUUGGAGCAUGUUCUUCGUUUUCAACCUGCCAGCUGCAACCUUGGCCUCGCAAAUCUGUGCCAUCGUGGUGGGGCUUGUGCGGGAAAGUGAAGCUCUUUGGGCACCAUCACAUGGGGCACCACACCAAUUAACUACGAGCCUUGUGCCAUGGCUCGUGUUUUGGCUCUUCUUUUGCUUUUGGCAGCGCCUCCGCAGCUUGCUUGGACGGCCGCUCAUUGUCUUCCUGGACAGGCUUUGCAUUGCCCAGCAUGAUCCGAGGCUUAAAGAGAAGGGCAUCUUAGGCUUGUCUGCCUUCUUGGACAAGUCCCAGAGUUUGACCAUUCUCUGGUCCAAGCGCUACUUCACACGCCUUUGGUGUAGCUAUGAGGUUGCCACCUUCCUCCGGAAAGAAAGCACAAGUGUCGCGAAUGAGCAGACAGACAAAUCCUUGACUGUCUUUCCAGUGGCGAUGUCAUGGAUUCUUAUUCUUUGCUUCGUAGAAGUGAGCCUCGUGCAGGUGUUUCAACUAUACAUCAGUUGGUGGUCCUGGCAAGAAUUGAUGUUGGGAGUUCCAGGAACCGACGUUUGGGACGCUUCCAUCACCUCCAGUCUCGGGUAUGGCGCCAUUGUGUGGGCCUGCAGUCUCCCAGUGAUGGGCUAUUGGAUGAUCGGGCUAUUGCAAGAAGUUCGUGAUUUGGAGCCUCAACUUGAAAAGUUUGACAUUCGAAGCUCUGAUAGCUUUUGUUGUAGCCAUGAUCACAAGCACCCAAAGACUCAAGAGACGUUGCCUUGUGACCGGGACUUGAUCUAUGCGAUGUUGAAAGACUGGUACGGCACUGAUGGAGAUGUGCACGAGGAACAUCUCGAGCGAUUGAACCAUGCCAUUCACAAACAGCUAAAGCGAUGGAUCUUGCAUCGCCUUGAUAGUGCCGUGUUGCCGCGACGCACUAUCUUUUUAUUGAUGUUGAGUGCAAUCGCCCCAAAGCUGUGCGAUGCCGUGACAAUGGUAAGAGAUGUUCCUUUGCUCAUGCCUUUCUUACCUGCAGAUGUAGUGGCUUGGCACUGCUUCACGGAAUUCUACAUGCAAUGGUUCAGAGUUGUCUUGGCAUAUUCCAUGGCGGUUUGGUCCUUCUUUAUUCUUGGCACUAUAGGGGUUCGGCUCCUGAAGUGGAUGUCCCAGCUCAAGGCUGCUGUGGUGCUAUCUUUGCCGCUGAUCGCGGCAGUAGUGGCCUGGGAAGGUCUUUUGCAUGCUGUCGUCUAUUUGACGGAAAAACCUGGCAACCUUUGGGGCUUCAACUGGCUCUUUGGAGCCGCUUUAUGGUUGGUCUUGGCAGCAGGCCUUUUCUGUGCCAAAUGCAGCCGGCUGACCUCUUUGGGCUGACGACUUCGGCUGACGACUUCAUGUUGACUGGGUGCUAAGCAGCUUCAGCAUCAGUCUCACCGUCCGGAAUUCUUUGAUAGGCGACGAAGGGCUCAGGCUCAUGUUGAGUGGGC